UCAGCUUUUCUGUCCACUCAUUGAACUGUUUCUCUUGCAAAACAUCCCGGGUGACACUUACAACAAGCCUGAAAUCAAAGCAUGAGGACCAGGAUUACAUCACAGGCUUAUCACUGGGGUUGGUCUGCCCACUCUCACAGGUGUAAUCACAGAGUUUUCACGUGGGAACUCCCUUGGAGAGGCUUUUCCUGUGGAGGAUUUACACAUCCAUCACCUGGGGAUAUAAUGGUGGAAUCCUUCAGAUGACACCUCUUUGGGACAGCUUGUGUUCUGGAGAGAAACCCUCUGGUGUGUUUUAACUUUUUUCCCUGCUGAAACAUUCCCUAGGAGCAGCUAUGUGGAGAGCAGUUCAUCCAGAAAUGCCUUGCUUGGGUUGUUCUGUGUUUUCUCCAGUUCUGACUCGUCGAGUUUUUCUUCUGGUGGUGCUAUCGUGUCUUAUUUUCUUUCACUGUAUGCAGUGUGCUCGAUCGCACAAGGAGCCACCUGGUAUUGAAAUAUUCGAUUCUGGACCAUCCAACAGAGUAAUCCAGAAAGUUCUCACAACAGAUGGUAAGGAGUGCAAGUUUCCGUUUCGCUUUGGUGGGACAAUUCAUGGCCAGUGUAUCCCUUUGAGCUCCAGUAAGAACUGGUGUUCUCUUACACACAACUUUGACCGUGACCAGCAAUGGGGAUUCUGCAGCCUACGCAUACAACUGUUUAAUGGUUUCUUUCCCCCACUCAGGGAUCCGGGCCUCUGCCGGCAGAACCCAUGUUUGAAUGGAGGCGUGUGCGCCACAGGUGCUCAUCUGCAAACAUUUGAGUGUGUGUGUCAAGACGGCUUUACUGGAGCCCUGUGUGAAAAGGAGAAGUGUUAUGAACUGCUGCAUCUUAAAUACUAUGACAUCGGACAAUCGUGGGGACGAAUCUACCUGCGCAACGUCGAGCUGUGCACGUGCCUCGCUGAAGGGGUUACGUGCAAGCGUGCACACUACACAGUGUGCUCAGGUAAUCGCUGUGAAAAUGAAGGAGUGUGUAGAAUGAUAGAAGCCACUGGUGAAGAGGUGUGUGGGUGCACACAAGGAUAUACUGGACAGUAUUGCAACAUCAAGCCAGAAGAGCAGUGUUAUCGUGAUUCAGGUGUACAGUACCGCGGUAUCGCCAAAGUCACAGUUUCUGGAUCAUCCUGCCUGCCCUGGAACUCUGAUCUGCUCUUCAAUGAACUGACAGUAGAUACAGUAGUCAGCGCAUCCCUCAGGGGGCUCGGAGAACACGCUUUCUGCAGGAAUCCAGAUCACGAUAAACUGCCGUGGUGCUACACAAUGACGGACAGAGCUAUUUCCUGGGAGUACUGUGACAUCCCACGCUGCUUCAAAAAACCACCCACCCGGAGAGGCCCUGCCGUACCCCCAACUCUACGCCCGUCCCGCGCUCCUGGCAGGACACCAGUGUGUGGUAAGAGGCAUGAGAAGCGGGAGAUUCGAGGGCGUAUCCUUGGUGGGACAUCUGCACUUCCCGGCGCUCACCCAUGGAUGGUAGCAUUGUACAUCGGUGAAGAGUUCUGUGCGGGCAGCCUGGUUUCCUCCUGCUGGGUUGUGUCAGCGGCUCACUGCUUUUUGCGCAAUCCAUUAUUGUCACAGAUUCGAGUUGUUCUCGGCCAGCAUUACUUUAACGACACAGGCCCGAACACCAGGACGUUUGGUGUUGAGAAGUACAUUUUGUACAACCGUUAUACUCUGUUCCAGCCAACUUUAAAUGAUAUCGUCUUAGUGAAGCUAAAGAAGACAAAUGGACGCUGUGCUCAGAAAACACAGUUCAUCCGGCCGAUCUGUCUGCCAGGGAAAGACACAGUGUUCCCGGAUCAUUCCUGCUGUAAAAUCACAGGCUGGGGACACAUGCAUGAGAAGGCAAACUCAUAUUCUAACCUACAAGAGGGUGUAGUAAAGAUUAUUCCAUUUGAGCUCUGUUCAUCUCCAGAGGUUUAUGGAGCAAACGUCAGGUCUGGCAUGCUGUGUGCAGGAAGUGACUCCUGUGUGGACGCCUGCCAGGGAGACUCCGGUGGUCCUUUAGCAUGUGAGUGUGACGGUGUGAGUUUCCUCUAUGGCAUCAUCAGUUGGGGGGACGGAUGUGGACGAACAGGGAAACCGGGCGUCUACACGCUAGUGCCCAAAUAUUCUGACUGGAUAAACAGCGUCCUUAAACCACCCAAAAAAAACAGAACACAGACAAAACAUUGUGUCGGGAAGCAAUGCCAAAGAUAACCUUAACCUGAUAACAUUUGAAUGUUUUAUUAGUGUAUUAGGUAACACUUGUCAUUACAGUGUUCUGUGUAAUUAGUGUGUCAGUACUGAGAAAUACUAUGAACAAGAACUUAAUAUGUAAUUAUUUUGUGCAGCUGCUUGAAGUUACAUUUGUAUUUAUAUUAACAUGCUAUAUUUGUGACAUGUACACUGUAAUGUGAAGUAUU